GUGAUGGCUACACUGUAUGUGGGGGAUCUGCAUGCCAGUGUGACCGAGCCCAUGCUUGUGGAGAAAUUCAGGCCUGCAAGGCCCAUUCACUCCAUCCGGCUCUGCAGGGACAGGAUGACAGGCUCCUCACUCGGCUACGCCUUCAUCAACUUCUACCAUCGAGCCGAUGAUAAUACAAACCCUGAGCGAGCACUGGAAAUGCUCAACUUUGAGCUCCUUAUGGGACAGCCCAUGCGCAUAAUGUGGUCUCAGAGGGAUUCAUCGCAGAGGAGCACUGGCAUCGAAAACUUGUUCAUAAAAAAUUUAGACAAAUCAAUUGAUAGCAUGGCCCUUUUUGACACCUUUUCCCUCUUUGGAAAGAUCGUAUCGUGCAAGGUUGUUUGUAAUGAGAAAAGACCAGCAGGGUACGGCUAUGUCCAGUGCGAGUCUGCAGAGGUAGCGGAUUUAGUGAAGGAGAGGCUCAACGGCAAACUGCUGAACGGCCGUAAAGUGUCUAUUGAAAACUUUAAGUCCCGUGAGGCACGCAUGGCUGAGAAAGGCAACCAGCAUCCUCAAGUCCUCAGCAAGAUUUUCAUCAAAAACUUUGAUGAGGACAUGGACGGCAAGAAGCUGAAAAAUAUUUUCAGGAAGUUCGGUCCUGUGUCGAGUGUUCAGGUUAUGUAUGAUAAGAACGGGAAGUCUAGAAAAUUUGGCUUCAUAAAAUUUGUGAAGAAUCAGGAUGCGCAGACGGCUGUGGAUGAAAUGAACGGGAAAGAGCUGAAUGGCAAGACCCUGUAUGUGGGCCAAGCGCAGAGUAAAGCAGAGAGACAGGCUGAACUCAGGCACAAGUGUGAACAGGGGCUGAAUCUCUACGUGAAGAACCUGGAUGUUCAUGUGGAUGACGAGUGUCUGCGCAGUGAGUUCCUGCAAUUUGGAGCCAUAAUCAGCGCAAAGGUGAUGAUGGAGAAUGGCCGCUCUAAACGUUUUGGCUUUGUGCGGUUCUCAUCUCCUAAGGAAGCCAUGAAUGCCAUAAAGGGGAUGAACGGCAGGAUGUGGGGCAGGAAGAAGCUAUAUGUGGCUGUAGCUCAGCGCAAGGAGGAGCGCCAGGCUUACCUUUCUUCUCAGAACAUGCAGAGAAUAGAAGCCUCAGCUGCAGUUGAUUCUGAUGCUGGAACCUCUGCUGCAGUUGUUUCUGAUGCUGGAACCUCAGCUGCAGCUGAUUGUGGACCUCGAACCUCAGCUGCAGUUGUUUCUGGGGCUGGAACAUCCCCUGCAGCUGGUUGUGGAGCUGGAACAUCCCCUGCAGCUGGUUGUGGACCUGGAACAUCCCCUGCAGCUGUCAGUCAAACACAAGUUACCCAAUGGGAAUGCAUUCCUGGACAGCCCACCCACACGUGAAGUUGGUGCCAAAACUGCAAGCAAAAAGUCAGGGAGCGCAAACG